CAGGUAAAAAGUCGGUCAACUGAGGUAGAGGGAAGAAGGUAAUGGUGACGGGCAGGUGGGUUUGUUAGUUGCGUGCCGACUGCCUCGCGGAUCUGUCUUAUGGUGGUGAAUCAAGCGGUGCAGUGAUUUUCGUACUUAGGAUUACAGUGCUCGCUGACUUAUCAGCUGCCAAAAAGUUUAGAUAGGAUCCCACAAAAUUUAAGCUAUGAAGAGGUGUAAAUUGUUCGUGGCCACGUGCCUGCUAGGAGUGCUGUUAAUCAAGGGAAGUGCUCUGGCCGACGCGCCACAUGACUCUGCCUCGCUGCCCCUCGAACACCGCGCCGUCUACGGACCCCCACCUCCCUCAGGGGGAUACGGACCUCCCGGGCCACCCGGCCUCGGCUCUCUGAACACCGUUGGCGAUGACCCUUGGCCCUUGUCGGCACCUGACAUGCCUCAAAUCAAGCACCUGCAAGUGCAGUGCGAGAAGACGCACAUGCGCGUCAACAUCGAGUUCGACCGGCCCUUCUACGGCAUGAUCUUCUCCAAGGGCUUCUACAGCGACCCGCACUGCGUUCACCUCAAGCCCGGCACUGGCCACCUGAGCGCCACCUUCGAGAUCUUCCUCAACAGCUGCGGCAUGACCUCCUCGGCCAACGCUGGCGGCGGCAACGGCGUCUCUCUGCACAACGCUUACGGCGCCCCACCCACCCCUAGCGGCAGCUAUGUCGAGAACACCAUCAUCAUCCAGUACGACCCCUACGUCCAGGAGGUCUGGGAUCAGGCCAGGAAGCUGCGCUGCACAUGGUACGACUUCUACGAGAAGGCCGUCACCUUCCGCCCCUUCCAAGUGGACAUGCUGCACGCCGUCACCGCCAACUUCCUGGGCGACAACCUCCAGUGCUGGAUGCAGAUCCAGGUCGGCAAGGGCCCCUGGGCCUCCGAGGUGUCCGGAAUCGUCAAGAUCGGCCAGACCAUGACCAUGGUCCUUGCCAUCAAGGACGACGAGAACAAAUUUGACAUGCUUGUUCGCAACUGCGUCGCCCACGACGGCAAGCGCGCUCCCAUCCAACUGGUUGAUCAGUACGGCUGCGUCGUCCGACCCAAGAUCAUGUCCCGCUUCCAGAAGAUCAAGAACUUUGGCCCUUCGGCUUCGGUCGUCUCCUUCGCAUACUUCCAGGCGUUCAAGUUCCCCGACUCCAUGAACGUGCACUUCCAGUGCGUCAUCCAGGUCUGCAGGUACAACUGUCCCGAGCCCAAGUGCGCCGGCGCCCUGCCCGGAGGCGACUUCCCUGCUCUGGGCGGCGAACAAUACGGUCCUCCUCCGGCCGCCGAGUACGGCGUCCCUGCCGGCCCCGGCGCCGAGUACGGACCUCCCGGACUGGCCGCCUUCGGUCUUGACCCUCGCCACCCCGCCGGACCCAGCGGAGCCUACUCCGAGCCCAAACCUGACGUCGUCCCCGCCCCUCAGGCUCAGACCCAGCAGAACAACAACGAGACCACAGCCCAGACCCAGCAGCCGGCCCAGGAUCAGUCUCCGGCCGUGUCCGAGCAGCCCAAGCCGACCAACGCCCCGAGCGAGGACAUCCAGGGCGUGCGUCCUCCUCCCCCGCACGGCGUUCGUGCCGUCUACACCACCAUCAGACGCAAGGGCGAAGAGGGCAUCGUCGGCGGACGCCCCCGCGCCAUCCUGCCCGCCGAGCUGCAGGGCGUGCGUCGCCGUCGUGACGUCAUGGACGUUGUCAUCAAGCCCCGCAUCUACAAACGCGAGGCUCAGGAGAUGACUGAUGUCAACACCGAGCGCAUCAUCCAGGUCGUCGCCCCCGGAGACGUCAACUUCAACCUGAACGGCGCCGCCGCAAACAACAACGAGACGGUCGUCAUCCAGUCGGCGCCGUCUACGGACCAGGAGCACAUCUGCCUGUCCAUCGCCAGCUUCGUCGCCGGUCUGUCCAUGUUGCUGAUGGUGCUGGUGGUGGCCUGCCUGGUCGCCGCCUUCCUCUUCGUCCGGGUGCGCGCCGUCGACCGCAAGACCGCCACCACCACCUACUUCGACGGACCCUCCGAGUUCGUCAAAGUCGCCAACUAAACGCAGACGAUUACGAAAAAACAGUCCACAGUCAGACGUGUGUGCAGCAAACGCCAUUUCAUCAAAAAAGCAUCCUGGGGCUCGGGCCGAGCAAGCCCUGAUUGCUCGUCCGCCGCCGAGUCAGCCUUACUGCCGAGGAUUGCGUCAGGGUGCAGCUCCCAUAAGACUUGUAGUGCAUGUAGAGAGAGAGACUGCGAGUGAAUGCGGCGACCGAGUGCGUAAUUUUAUUUAUUAAAUGUGUAAGAGAUUUAUAAUCUGCGGGGAGGGUGCUCGUCGCCGAAUUAUAUAUUUUUGUAAUUAUUUACUGGGUAUGAAAAAAUUUAAUAAAAAUGAUGGAAACACGGCUGAACGUUCUCCCCGUGGCAUUCGAAUUUAAGUCGGUGUCAAUUUUUCGGAGAAGAGAAAAAGAUUUGCGUGUGUACAUAAUAACAAUUAAACUACGUAUUAUUAUGAUUUAUAUUCAAUUGUCGCAGUUGAAAUGCUCAUUUUGUGUUUUAGUUAAAGUAAGCCCUAUUAUUGCGGCGCCGUGUCCAAAUUUAUUUGCAACAAGUGGAUGCCCGAUUUUGAUUUUGUCAAAGUCGCGCGCCCACCAGCGAGAUAUGAAUUGAUAUUAAAAUACGAGUGUAAAAUAACUCGGCUUGCGAUUCCCUCCGCUUUUUUACGGAGGCUCGAGUAAUCCGAGCUAUUAAUGCCCAUACAAAUUAAAUCCAAAGCUUUUCCGCUUUCUUUAUUACAAAAAUACAAAGUCGAAUUUCCGCAGCAUACUCUUCUACUAACCACGAAAUUUACUAAUUUAAUUUAUUCUCUAUCAAUUACUCUCUUAAUCUAAUUUGUUAUUAAAUUAUUUAAAAAGAGACGCGGGUAUUAUUCAAAAUGUCAAAACCGAUUCGAUAAAAAAAGAUCAUGUUUUCGGCCGAACGCUCCAAAUUGUGUAUUGCAAAAAUGUAGAUUUUAUUAUUUCUUGUUGUGACUAUAUUUUACGAAAUAAUAAAGUGCACAAAAAUAUAUUCCAUAA